AUGCAGACGUUGUUUUCUGUCAUGCUCAGGAAAAUGGACUACUACUCGGUAGAGUCGGCAGGGGGCGUCCUCGGACCGCUCAUGCUGUUCUGCUUCGUCUUGUUUUUCGCCAACGUCCUGGUCAUGAUGUUUCUGGCCUUUUUCGUCGACGCUGUGGGAACGGAGUACAUGGGGUGCUAUCAGGACAGUGAGAGCCGCGUGUUCCCGUGGGAACAUAUCCAGACUGGCGACAACAGCAUCAAGUCCUGCGGGCUGCACUGCAAGAAAAACGGAUACAUCUACUUCGGUAUGCAAUAUGCAAGCCAUUGCUUCUGUGGAACUGACAACAACUUCGCCAACUUGGGAACAGCAAGGCCCGAUUCUGACUGUUACAUGCCGUGCUCCGGAAACUCAGCAGAAAUGUGCGGCGGUUCAUUGCGGAAUUCUAUAUACAGGCCUGGGAGGAUAGCCAACAUUACAGCUUCAUCUUAUUGGGGUGAUUUUCAUCUCCCUACCCACGCUCGACUGGACUUCAAGGAAGUUUCCGGUACGCACGCCGGCGCAUGGGCACCCCAGCAAAGUAAUACAGACCAGUGGCUGAUGUUCGACCUUGGUCAAAGAUCAACCGUCGGCGUCCUCAGGACUCAAGGACGACAAGCCGGAAAUUACCAGUGGGUGACGUCAUACAGCGUGUCGUACGGGAAUUCCAGCGGAGACGAAAUGUGGUAUAAAGACGCGAACGGAGACACGAUAGUGUUCACGGGUAACAGUGACGGCAGCAGCCUGGUGACGCACGUGUUGACGGACUACAGCGGACCUUUCCACGCCCGAUACGUCAAGUUUCACCCCGUGACGUGGUCUGGGUGGGUCUCCAUGAGGGCAGACGUCGGGGAAGUUGCACCAGUUGGCUUCUGGCCGCUGAACAGGCACACCCAGCUGCGUGACGUCAGCGGAUACGGAAAUGACGCAACCGAUGUGGGCGUGUCCCUUGGGAGCGGUGUACACGGUGAGAGCGAAGGGGCGUACAACUUUUCCGGUAGCAGCACCUCCUACAUCGAGAUCCCCAACAACGGGGCACUGGACACCCGCUAUUCGGUGACAAUCCUGGCCUAUGUGUACCCCACAGGGACAGAUGGACCCAUCGUUAACUACAGGAUCAAUAACUACGGCGUUCAUCUUUGGCAAAUGGAAACAAACAAGUUGUUUGUAAGAAUGGCGACCCGUAGCCACGUUUUCACGAAUUCUAUAAACGUGGCGACACUGAAUCUAAACCAGUGGAACUUCGUCGGCUUGACCUACAGCUACUCUACGGGGAAGGUCAAAGCGUGGCAUGACGGGAUAGAAGUAGGAAGUCUUGACGUGGGCACGAUUGAGACAGAGACUCAGUACGACAUCCGGGUGGGGUACAGAUACGGGGAUGCCCGGGCUUUCCAGGGACGGAUCGCCUGUAUACAAAUUUACAACAUCCCUUUAAACGGCGAUCAGAUCAGGGACGCAGCAGGAAAAUGCAGAGCAGCAUCACAGCCGGUCGGUCUGUGGCCUCUGAACAAACAGUAUGGUCUGACGGACACGAGCGGAAACGGAAAUGACGCCACCGGUGAGGGUGUGGCUCUUGGUACCGGUGUGUACGGCGAGCCCGAAGGUUCCUACGUCUUGUCCGGCAACAGUAGCUCCUACAUAGAGAUCCCAAACGACAGGACACUGGACACCCGCUACUCUCUCACUAUCCUGGCCUCCGUGUACCCGACUGGACAGUCUGGACCCUUACUACAUUACGGAGACAGCGCGAGCGGAGUCCACAUGUGGCAAGACUCCACGUACUUCUUAAAAGCCAGCCUUUUUAGCAGAAAUGCAACCACCAGUCAGACCUCGCGGACACGGUGCCUCAAACCUGACCAGUGGAACUCCGUUGGUCUGACGUACGACUACAGCUCAGGCAUCCUGAAGCUUUGGUACGAAGGUCUGGAGAUCAGCAGUACCGACAUCGGCGUGUACCAGCUCGGGACCAACCACGCUGUCCGCAUCGGUGCCGUGGGGUCCGAUUCCUUCACAGGAAGCGUUUCCUGUGUACAGAUUUAUGAUGUUGCCUUAAACCAGAGCCAGAUAGAACACGCAGCAACACUGUGCACAGAUAACAACAUCGCCAUUGGGAAGACGGCGACACAGAGUAGUACCCAUAACUCCUUGUGGCUAGCACCGAAUGCCGUGGACGGGUACAAAGGAUCAAACGCGAACGUCCCCAAAUGUACACAUACACGGAACGAAUCCGAGCCGUGGUGGAAGGUGGAUUUGGGCGGAAGCUACGUCAUUGUACGAGUACGUCUGCUGAACAGGAGGAUCGUAGCAGGGCAGCGCCUUGAAGAGUUCCAAGUUCGAGUUGGAGAGGAUUCGGACAUUUCAAAGAAUACCAUCUGCGGGAGAACGACCAAUCAGCUCGACUAUCCUGCCGAGGGGCGGAGCAUCACCGUCGACUGCGCUCAGCCAAUCACUGGCCGUUACGUGUCCGUACAGCUGAUCGGCCGGACCAACUACCUUCAGUUGUGUGAAGUAGAAGUGUUCGUCGGUGAAGGAAAAGACGCAGGGUGGCUGACGUUGGACUUCUACUCAGUGAUCAACUCAACUGGGACCCCCCACGAUGACGGCAGUAUUGUUUAUGACGCCUAUAAGACGCGGGACGGGAACGUCUCCACCUACUGGCACCCAACAGGCGUGACUGACAACCAAUACUUCAUUACUUUUGAUUUGCAAGAAUACUAUUGGUUGUCCAAGAUCCGCGUGAUUGGCUACGAGGAAGAUGACGCAGCCACUCAUCACAUUUCCGCCUUCACCAUCAAGACAGCGCUGAACACAACGGGAAGUUGGACCGACGUCAUUUCCUUUUCCGGUUUGGCGGGGAGGCAGGUGAAGGCGUUUACAGGGUUUGUGGCAAUGAGUCGCUACUGGCGAGUGGACAUCACGGAAACUUCACACGGCCUUGAGCCGUACGUGGCCGAGAUCCAAUUCUACGGGCAUCUAGCCUAUCCUCGACAGACAUCAAGAGUGAUGACGUUCCCCUCACCCAAGUCUACAGCGAACUACGCCAGGCACCUAGCAUCCCUCAGUCAACCACUGACGGCGAUGACAACGUGUCUGCAACUGCGCAGUGACGACGCCAUUUUUGGUACUCCCGUCAGCUAUGAAAUGUCAGCCAAUGCAUUUAUACUGAUCGGACAAAGUACGGGGAAGUUUAGGAUAUAUGUGAAUGGCCGAAGUACUAAUGAGGUAGAACUUAUCAUCUCGUAUCAACGCUUCCUGUGCACCACGUGGUCCAGUACAGCGGGAGAAUGGAAGUUGUACGCAGACGGGACAGUAAUCGCCUCCGGAUCGGGGCUAGCACAAGGGACUAGCAUUCCGGCGGGAGGAGUCUGGAUUCUAGGCCAGGAACAGGACAGUCCCGGCGGAAGUUUCGACACUUCUAUGGCCUUUACCGGGGAAAUCUCUCUUCUGAACGUGUGGGACCGGGUGAUUACAGAGGCGGAGAUCGAAACGGCCAACAACGGCACAGCAGAGGGGAACAUCAUCAACUGGAGACAGGAUACAUUUCUGCUUUACGGACAAGUCACGAAUAGCAGCGGAUGUGAAGAUUCUAGAAGCACUGGUACUGAAAAGAGUUACCAGUGGGACAUCGCUCUUCCUGGGUCAUCGCCUUUGACCUUCAGUGUCAUGGCCGGAAAUGACGCACACAUCGCCUUGUCGUCACAAGCAGCUGUACUCAAUGACAUGUACGAGAUCGUCAUCGGUGGUUGGAACAACACACAGUCUGUGAUUCGCCGUGCACAGGACGGCGAGAACAAAGUAACAGUAUCAACACAAGAUGUUUUGUCAUCUGAUGAGUUCAGAGGCUUCUGGAUCUCCUGGGCAGAAGAUGGAACCAUCGCUGUCGGUCGGGAUGGAGAAAGCAGCCCGUUCAUGCAGUGGCGGGACCCUAACCCUCUCGGUAUUGGGUACUUCGGGUACUCAACAGGAAAUGGCAGUGCCGGAGAGUUUAGAUUCCCCUGUCAGCCAAAAUGA